GGGCAGCAUGCCGGAAAUGGGCACGCAGUGGGGCGGAAGUGGUGGGGCGGUGGCGCGGGCGUGGGUGUGGGUCUGUGAGAGUGCCUGCGAAGCGGGGCGGCGGACCUCCUUCCUUCCCUCCCUCCUCCCUCCCUACUUUCCUCCCUCCCAUUCUCCUUCCUUUACUUCCUCUCUCAGUGCGUCCGCUUCGAAGCCGGAUGUUGGCAGAGCUUUGACAGGCGGCGGCGGCGGAGGCGGCAGCAGCGGCUCUGCAAGAGAAGACCAACUGGUAUCAUGGCCAUGGAUCCUCUCUCUGACCUGCAGGAUGACUUAACCUUUGAUAACACUGAUGAGGCCCUGAACCAACUGAAGCUGGCUUCCAUUGAUGAUAAAAACUGGCCCUCUGAUGAGAUGCCAGACUUUCCUAAAUCAGAUGAUUCCAAGAGCAGCUCUCCAGAUCCUAGCACGCAUCUGAAGUGGGAUGAUCCUUACUAUGACAUCGCCCGACACCAGAUCGUGGAGGUGGCAGGAGAUGACAAAUUUGGGCGGAAGAUCAUAGUAUUCAGUGCCUGCCGGAUGCCUCCAAGCCACCAGCUGGACCACAUCAAACUCCUGGAGUACCUAAAGUAUACCUUGGAUCAGUAUGUGGAGAGCGACUACACCCUGCUGUAUCUGCACCAUGGCCUGACCAGUGAGAACAAGCCCUCCCUCAGCUGGCUCCGAGAUGCCUACCGGGAGUUUGACCGCAAGUACAAGAAGAACAUAAAAGCCCUGUACGUGGUACACCCCACCAUGUUCAUCAAAACGCUGCUUAUCCUCUUUAAGCCCCUCAUUAGCUUCAAAUUUGGGAGGAAGAUUUUCUAUGUGAAUUACCUGAGUGAGCUGUGCGAGCACGUGAAGCUGGAGCAUCUGGGCAUCCCUCGACAAGUGCUCAAACAUGACGACUUCCUCAGAUCUACCCAGAAAACCCCCGCCACGGCUCCGAAGCCUACGCCCCCUCGGCCCCCGCUUCCUAACCAGCAGUUUGGGGUCUCCUUGCAGCACCUCCAGGAGAAGGUCAGUGAGCCUGAAAACCUGCCUCUUGUCCUCAGAGAGACUAUUGCCUACCUGCAAGCCCAUGCUCUUACCACCGAGGGGAUUUUCCGCAGAUCGGCCAACACUCAGGUGGUUCGGGAGGUGCAGCAGAAGUACAACAUGGGGCUGCCGGUGAACUUUGAGCAAUAUAAUGAUGUGCACCUCCCCGCAGUCAUCCUCAAGACCUUCCUCCGGGAGCUGCCCGAGCCGCUCCUCACCUUUGACCUCUACCCACACGUCAUAGGCUUCCUCAAUAUUGAGGAGAGCCAGCGAGUGGCAGUGACUCUGCAGGUCCUCCAGACCUUACCUGAAGAAAACUACGAGGUGCUGCGCUUUCUGACCGCCUUCCUGACCCAGAUCUCCUCCCAGAGUGACCAAAACAAGAUGAACAACACUAACCUGGCUGUGGUCUUUGGGCCCAACUUGCUGUGGGCCAAGGAUGCCGCCAUCACUCUCAAAGCCAUCAAUCCCAUCAACACCUUCACCAAGUUCCUGCUGGAUCACCAAGCAGAGCUGUUCCCCAACCCAGAGGGGCCCUGAGCACCCUCCUUUCCAUUCUGCCCCCUUCUCCCCCCUUCUCCGGCAGCCACUGUCCACUCCUUUGGCCUUGUCCCAAUGGAUGCCCCAUGUGGGAACAAGCCCCAGGGUCCUGAGAUGGGACAGUGCUCAGGAAGGACAGCCUUCUCCAUGCUGGGUCCAGAGGGUCCCUUCUGUGUCUCCAUAGCCUAGGCCCGGCCCCCUUCCUGCCUGGGCUCCAGGAGCCUCCACCUCUUAAGCAUUCCUUCUCUCAACAGCCUUAUCUCCUGCCCUGCCUUUCUAGUGCCCAGGGUGCUGAUGCCCUGAUGCCCAGAUCUGGCUUUCAGGAUGGGACAAGGGGCCUUCCUGAUAUCCCCUUUUCCCCACUGCUCUCCCUGUUACCCUGGUGUCUGCCUACUGGGUGGGGGCACUGGGGCCGGUUGUCUCCUUCCUGCUAGUGGCCAGGAGUGUUCCUGGUGGCCGCACUUCCUCACUGGGUGCCUCGGCCAUGGCCAUCGUUAGUUUAGAGGCUCCGUGACGCCGGCUGUCCACUCCUUCCCUCGUCCGAGACGCCCGUGGCCCCCUGGCGGGUGGAAAACCCUUUCCUGACUCCAGUCUGUCCAGAGGUUUGGUCAGUGACCAGUUAGUCCACAUUCCUUAGGUGCCUCCAUCCCCUUCCCCCCCCCCCCCCAGCCUUAUCGGCACGUCCUCGUGUCAAAGCCAGGGCCCUGGUGAGCACCCUGGCCCUUAGAGCUCUUCUCGUUUUUUUUUGCCAAGCUGGCCCCUUCGGGGGCAGGGCCCCGCGGGACCAGAGCGCCGGCUUGGUCGGUCCAUGACUAGGAGCCUCUGGAGGGUUGGUUCAGACGGGGAGGCGGCUGUGAUGGGCCUCGGUCGGACUUCAGCCUUCCCUCAAGGCCAGGUGGGCCGCUCUCGGGAUGCCCCUUAGUAUGACGUCAUGGCGAUUCCAUGCGGCCUUCCAAUCCUGGCAGCCAGGCGCCUGCUGCCCUCGAGAACUCUCCAGCGCUGUCGAAGAUGCCCCUAGUGACCUGUGCCCUCCAGUACCCCCUCCCACAUCCCUGGGCAGGACCGUCUGCCUGGAGCUCGGCCUCCCUCGGGCCUUUGCCCACUUCUCGCUGGCUCUCUGCCUGCUGGCUUGGGGCCAGGCCGAGGACGGACCAAGUAGAACCUUCCCGAGUGCUUGGGAGCUGUUGUCCAUCCCCAUCUGCCACUGCUUUCUGUGCUGGAUUCACUGUAUAUUGCCUGCAGCCCCUGCCCCGUGCCCUCCAUUUCCUCCCACUGGGUCUCCCUGGAGCAGCCAAGGCUGGGGCCCUGGUUCCUGGGAGACUCUCCAGCCUGCCCCUGGGAGGGCUGGAUUGUGAAACGAGUGCACACUCACAUUUAUUGACUUACUUGGCACCAAUCAUGUAUUUCACCAUUUGCACUUUUUGUAUUUCAAUAAAGAUGGAGAUUGAAAAA